UGUAAACUUGCAAAAUUCGCCGGAUAUCACAACAACCAGGAAGAGACUGUAAAUAUUGCUAAAUAUAUGUGAAUUUUCACCCAUAAAGUAAUAAAAAGAAGGCUAACACAAUGUCUACUCGACAACAGAAAAAAAAUGAAAGAUCACAGUUAUUGUCCGACAACGAAAAUGAAGCUAUUUUCGCGGCUUUCGGAUGGGGCUGUUCGAGCCUUUCAACAGCUGUCGUUCAGCUGUACCUCGGUGACACGACCAACAAGCAGAAAUGGAACAAGCGUUGCUGUGGUGUCGUGUGCUUCGUGAAGGACAAUCCUCAACGAUCCUACUUCAUCAGGCUGUUUGACCCAAAGACAUGUAAGGUGGUUUGGGAACAGGAGCUGUACAACCAUUUUGCAUACAAGACCCCUCGAGACUACUUCCACACAUUUGAGGCACAUGACUGUCAGGCUGGUCUCAACUUUGCCAGUGAGAUGGAGGCGGCCCAUUUCAAGAAGAUGGUGGAGGGGAAGCUCAUGGAGCGGGUCCAGAAACGCAUGGAGCGACAAAAGCAUAAGCAGCAUGGUAACCGUGGAAACGCCGGUGGAAGUAACCAGCCUCCUGGUGCCAUUAAUGUUGGAUCUGGAGCGCCACCUCCCAAGGUCAACUUGACGGAAGUGAAGCCAAAUAACAAUGGGAAAAAUAUCCCAAAUAAGAAAGAUAAGGGAGCCAAGGGAAAGAAGAAAAUCACAAAGGAAGAUAUCAGCACCCCUACUGACUUCAGACAUGUCAGCCAUGUUGGAUGGGACCCAAACACCGGUCUCGACAUGCAGAAGUUGGAUCCAGAGAUGAAGACGCUGAUGGAGCAGAUAGGAAUCGAGCAGUCACAAGUGGACGAGGAAACAAUUGAUUUCAUCUACGACUUUGUUGACAAGCAGGGCGGUAUUGAUGCACUAAGGAAAGAGAUGGCACAGCAAAAGUCUACCCCGAGUGGUCCGCCUCCACCCCCACCCAGCAGGGUACCAGCUCCAACCCCCGCAGGCCCCAGAGGGGCCCCACCACCCCUGCCGCCCACCGGGGGCCGCCCCCAAAUGGCGCCCCACUCCCCAAGCCCAUCUGGAACCAGACCCCCUCCCACACCAAACAGGCAACUAGGGCAUGGUGCGCCACCGCCUCCCAUAAAAGGGCCUGCCGCCCCACCCCCGCCACCCCCAGGUCGUCAUGUAGCUCCUCCCCCACCCCCUGGGGUGGGAGCACCACCACCUCCACCGCCCCCUCCACCUUCGGCACCAGCUGCACCACCUCCCCCUCCAAUGGGUGCCAUGCCAUCCAACCCAGGCCGGGCGGGACUGCUUAGUGAGAUUCACAAGGGGGCGGCGCUGAAGCCUGUGGAGCCUGGAGCAGGAGCAGGAGUGAGACAGGGAGGUGACGCCAGGGGAAACCUUCUGGACUCCAUUAAGAAAGGAACUACAUUGAGACCAUCUAUCAGAGCACAGGUGGAGGUUGACAAUAGCCCUCCUGCCGCUGCUGAGCCCAAGGGUGGGAUUGUUGGAGCCCUGGCUGCAGCCCUGGCACAGAGGAAGAAUGUCAUGCAGGAUUCAGAUGACGAUGAUGAAGGCAGCGAUGACAUUGAUGAUGAGGAGUGGUCAGACUAGAGAUUGAUUUGCCAACAUAGACUACCCAUACCGCUAGUGCAUUUCUGAUUUCUGACUGUAAAACAUAUAAACAACAAACUUUGUUCAAUGUGAAGCUCAAUUCUUAACAGUUAACUACAAACCUUUAUCUUUGUCUGUUAUUAAAUAACAAAAAAAACUUUUCUACUCGUAUGUGUCCAUUUAACAUGAAUCUUGAUUGAAGUUGAGUAAUACUAGUAUCUUAUUGUUGUGUUUUUUUAGCUCAUCUAUAUUUUGAAAAAAAAUUAUGAGCUAUUGUCAUCACCUUGGCGUUGGCGUCAGUGUCGGCGUCAGUAUCUGGUUAAGUUUUGUGUUUAGGUCCACUUUUCUCAGAAAGUAUCAACGCUAUUGCAUUCAAACUUGGUACACUUACUAUCAUGAGGGGACUGGGCAGGCAAAGUUAGAUAACUCUGGUGUGCAUUUUGACAGAUUUAUGUGCCCUUUUUAUACUUAGAAAAUUGAAAAUUUGGUUAAGUUUUGUGUUUAGGUCCAUUUUAUUCCUUAAGUACCAAAGCUAUUGCUUUCAUACUUGCAACACUUACUAUCAUAAGGGGACUGUGAAGGCAAAAUUAUGUAACUCUGACUGGCAUUUUGACAGAAUUAUGUGCCCUUUUUAUACUUAGAAAAUUGAAAAUUUGGCUAAGUUUUGUGUUUAGGUCCACUUUAUUCCUAAAGUAUCAAAGUGAUUGCUUUCAUACUUGCAACACUUACUAACUAUCUUAAGGGGACUGUGCAGGCGAUGUUAUGUAACUCUGACUGGCAUUUUGACAGAAUUAUGGGCCCUUUAUACUUAGAAAUUGAAAAUUUGAUUAAGUUUUGUGUUUUGGUCCACAUUACCCCUAAAGUAUCAUAGAUAUUGCUUUCAUACUUGGAACACUCGCAAACUAUCAUUAGGAGACAGUAUAGGACAAGUUGCAUAACUCUGGUUGUCAUUUUGACAGAAUUAUGGCCCUUUUUUUACUUAGUAACUUUGAAUAUAUGGUUAAAUUUUGUGUUUAGAUCCACUUUACUUCUAAAGUAUCAAGGCUAUUGCUUUAGAACUUCAAAUACUUUCAUGCUAACAUGAGGGUACUGUACCUGGCAAAAGAAUUUUACCCUGACCUUUGAAUGACCUUGACUAUCAAGGUCAAAUAAUUAAAUUUUGCUAAAAUUGCCAUAACUUCUUUAUUUAUGAUUAGAUUUGAUUGAUACUUUGACAUAACAACUCUUACCUGACAUACCACAAUAGACUCCACCCAAACCAUCCCCCAAGCCCCCCCCCCACCCCACCCCAGAAUUAUCCCUACCCAAAAUGUUUUUUUUUUCAUUUUUUUUUUAAAGAUCAUCUAAUAAAUGACUACACCCUCACACUAUACCCCCCACCGGCCCCCCCCCAAAAAAAAAUUUUUUUUUUUUGGAAACAUGGUUAAAAAACAAAUUUUUUUUUUUUUUAUUAAUUUAUUUUUGAAAUACCAUCCAACCAUCCCACCCAAGAAUACCCCCCCCCCCCCUAAAAAAAAAUUAUUAUUUUUUGCAUUUUUUGAAGAUAAUGUAAUAAAUGACCACACACCCACACUAUACACUCCUCUCCACCCCACCCCCUCCCUCCUUUGUGAUUGAAGUAUUGAGAUAGGUCCCUUCACCUUUAAAAGAAAAAUAGAUGAGCGGUCUGCACCCGCAAGGCGGUGCUCUUGUUAACUUUGUCAUUAUGUCUUCUUCUUUGUGUAUAUUGUGUAGUCUUUUUAUAAAAUAAACCUAUUAUUUACA